AUGGCUAGGCUCGAAAAGGUUGAAGAGACGUUAAGCAAAUUUGAUAUAUGUCAGUCAGCUUUAGAGUCCUUGGUGGACAAUGAAGAUCACAAUAGUGAGAGAGAUAGUUUUGAAUCGGCAUAUUAUGCAGCUGUUUCAAAAGCUCGUUCGAUUUUGGGUGGCUCCAUAGCUAGCGGUUCACACUUUUCAUCAGAAUCGUCUCAAAUGUCUGAUCCAAUUGUAAAUAUUAAGUUACCUCCCCUCAGUUUAGUUCAAUUUGACGGAAACUUGGAAAAAUUUAUGCAGUUUUAUGAUUCAUUCAACAAUAUUAUUCAUACUAAUAAAAAUCUGUCAUCCAUUCAAAAGUUUUAUUACCUUUCUUCUUCAUUAAAAGGAGAAGCGCUACAAACAAUUCAAUCCUUGCAGGUCAGCGAUGCAAACUACUCUGUAGCUUGGGACCUUAUAUGCCAGAGAUAUAAGAAUUCGCGCUUAAUUAUAAAUAGCCACAUAAAGGCUCUAUUCGAAAUUCCUUCUCUAAAUAAAGAAUCCAGGGAAGACUUAAGAAAUCUCUUAGAUACUUUACAAAAAAAUAUUCGUGCCUUGGAAAAUCUUAAGCAGUCCGUUAAAGAAUGGGACUCUAUAAUUAUUUUCCUCGUGUCAUCCAAGCUAGACAAUAAAACAAGAAAGGAGUGGGAAUUAUCUUUAUCAGAUGUAACCACAUUGCCUUCUUAUGAUGAAUUCAUUAAAUUUCUUUCUACCCGUUGUCAGGCUUUGGAAAUGUUAGAACUCAAAUCAGAUACUACUAACGAAAGCUCUCGCGAAGUUAGAAAGUCAAAAAAUAGGUCUUAUACCCAUGUUUCUCAACAGAAUAAUAAAAUAUGUAACUUUUGCAAAGGAUCUCAUUUAAUAUAUUAUUGUCAAGGUUUCUUAAAACUUACUGUUGACAAUCGGAUAAAGGAAAUUAGAAAAUUGAGACUUUGCACUAAAUGCUUACGAGCAGGUCAUGCUAACAAGGAUUGUAGAAGUGAAGAUUGUCGCAAAUGCAACAGGAAUCACAACACGUUGCUACACUUAGAAAAAUCGACCAAUCAAAAUAAUCCGUCGACGAGCACUGAAGUUGGAGAAGAAACUUCAAGUGAUAGACAGGUAAAUCUGUUUUCUUCAAGUUUAGAAAAUAAGGAUGAGUUGUAUUUUCCAACUAAUGAAACAGUACUAGCGAGUAGUGACUCAAGUUAA